AUGGAUACUAAGAUCGAGGUCGGGCAGGAGAACAUUUAUUUCGAAAUGGAAUCUAAACAGGAAGAUAACGCCGAAACCUAUGACGAAGUAGUUUUUGGAAGGGACACUUCACAGGCAAAACCAAACGUGGAAACACAGCAGUAUAAAGAUUCUGAUACAGUGAAGCAUAACCCAUUAUUCUUUAUCAUAUCUGCCAUCGCUGUUGCUUCGCUCUUAACAGCCCUUGCCACUUUGGUUUUAGCUGUGGCAAUCAUUACGGCACGGAGCGAAGUUUCUACAGGUACGGGUACCAUUGCUCCUCUCUUUUGUAAGUAUUAAACACUUGUAGGUCUUGAUCCAUUCGAAUAUUAAAAGUGAUUGAAGAAGUGCACUAAUUAAACGACACGAUGAAGCAAAAAACAAUUCACUUUGGUUUUUACCAUCUCUUGUCUAAAGAGGAAAUUAGAGGAACUUCCGUUUCGAUAUGAUCUGAGUAUUGUCAUUAUUAAGAUUCCAAGAAACUGGGUCAAUAAAAGCCAUCGUCUUUUUUAAAUAAAAAAGUCCAAUUUAUUGACAGACCACUCUCGCAUAAAAAAUUCUACUCCCAAACAAAAUAAAUUUCUUGAAGAGCUUUGAUCAGACUUUUGCAUAUUAGACCUUUAUUCACCAGAGUUUCUCCCGCACUUAUGAUUUGUAUAGGAUUUCUAAGAAAACUGUUUAUAGAAGGGGAAAUCUGUAUGCAAAGUAUGGAGACCAAAACGUGUCCGUGCACAUUCCACCAUCAAUCAGCUUCAAUUACCCUAGUUUCUUUAAUUGUAUGCCUCAAAAAUUUUAACUGAAUGCAACGUUUAAUUAAUAGUCCAAGAGAUUUUUUUUCCAUGAGAUUUUUCAAAGGCUAAUGAUGCUUUUUUUUUUUUUAUUUGAAAAUUGUGUUACACCAUUUUAAUUCAACAAUUAGAGUAUAGAAAUGAACAAUUUUCCUUUAUUUUGAUUUCAUUUAAGGUUACUGGGGGUAGGAAAUUCCUGUUGUAGAUAAUAAAUUAGCUCUCUGAGGUCAUCCCUUAUCAGUGUUGUUGAGCAAUAAAAUAGUGAUUCCAGUUCCUAUCUUUAUUCUCUGUUUGUUACUGUCCUGUUACAUCUGUUUCUUUAAUUUGGCUGAAUAGUGAUUUACGGUUUCUUAGGAUAUGAGGAAAAAUAUCGUAUUUAUUUGGCUUCGCUUAACUAGCGAAUAAUCUAUCUUUGAAAUAUAAUGUGCGUUCUUCAAAAGGGUAUCUUAAUGAUGUGAACCACUUAACACCAAGUUAGCGUCAUGUAGUAUGCAAAGGCCGAAGACAUUGUAAUUGACGCAAACGCUCCGGGUCAUUGAAUUGAAAACAGUUUUCAUUUCUUUCUAAUAUACAAAAUUGUUGGUCGGGGCACGAAAAAUAAACCAUAUGUGCAAUAAUAUCUGACAAAAGAUGAGGAUUUAAAAAAUAUCAAUAGUGAAAAGCGCAAUCACUGUUUUUUUAGUAAGUCAUUUGAGACCGGAUUUCGAGAAGGUCAAAUUUGAUGUACGUAGUUGAAGGGGAAAUCGAUUUCUGAGAACAUUGUUUAUAGAAGGGGAAAUCCGUCCAUCAUAAUACUUAUCCGUAAUCAUAAAAAACAAGGGCAUUCCUAGUGUGUCUGCAUGAUUUGAUAUUCAGAUAAGGCUAAGUUGUGACAACUAAGCGUUAAAUAAUACAUUCAGUGACUUUUUGGAUGUUGUCACGGUUGCUUAGGAUGAAAGGAAAAAUUUCGAAUUUAGCUAGCGAAUAAUCUAUCUUUGACAUAUAUAGUGCGUUCUUCAAAAGGGUAUCCUAAUGAUGUGAGCCUCUCAACACCAAGUUAGCGUCAUGUAGUAUGCAAAGGCUGGAGGCAUUGUAAAUGAUGCAAACGCUCCGAGUCAUCGAAUCUAGAACUUUGACCAUUUUUCAUCUUUUUUCAAUAUCUAAAAUUGUUAGUCGAGGCACGAAAAGUAAACCAUAUGCGUAAUAAUAUCUGACCAAAGAUGAGGUUAUGAUAAAUAGUGAAAAGCAUAAAUGUUCAUGUUUUCAAUGGGGCUUGCGGUAAUAAACACGUGAAUUCAUUUAUUAACAUAAAAAUCAAUCUCCCCUUAAUAAACUUUGAAAUUGAAAUUUUGAUUAACAUACACACCAAGAAAAUUCAAAGUUCCAUGUAGAUAAUUAAAAAUGGUUGUAGAACCGAGUGAAGUCCAAUUCGGUGUUUAGUCAUAAGAGUGAUUGCCAAUCACUAAUAACAUUACUGACAGAAUAGGACGACACUGAGUCCUGUCGCCAAUUAAUUGUAACCAUUACAAUUUCGGAAAAAAAAUUAACCAAAAAAACAUGAUUAUUCAAAACGUGAUCAUUAAAAUAUUCGACCAAAGUGAAAUGCAACGUUUCAAAUCGGCUUUUAAAACAAAGAUGAAAAAAUAAAAAUAAAAAAUAAUAAUAGUAAAGACUAAAACCACUCAAGCAAAACGAUUACUUAGCAACAACCAAUCCACCGUUCAAGUGUCAAUCAAUUAAAUAAUCAACCAGGCGUACAGCCAAGGAACGAAAAGAGUCUUUAGAGUCUCUAGAGACUUCUUGAACUUUCGCCCGCUGAUGAUGGAUGCCGAAUAAUAUUUUCGGCGGAGAUACCUGUCGAGUGAUGCCUGCACAAUGCGAAGCGAGUAGGCUUCGAAUUCUGUUGAAUUUUUUUUUUCGGACUUCAGCGUAGAAUUUUGUCAGAAUCUUAUCCAAAAUUCGUUGGGUGAAGCGUUACUGACAAGCUAUUGACAAAUUCGAAGGAACCUACGGUAGAUUGCUUCAAGCCAUAAUCGACUUCUUUCCAGGUGCAGAUCGAAAUUUUCUUUUUCUUCUCAAUUUUGACAUCAUUUCUCGUAAAUGUAGUGCUGUUAUUAUAGGCAUACAAUGUACCUUCUUCCUUACGAAUGGUGCACUAACUUGGAAAGAUCGUUUACAUAUAACAAGCAGGAAAAAGGCCUUUUGCUUACCACAUUUUUGAGAGUUGGACAAAUAAUUCUCUUGAUAGUGAUUGUUUGCAAUAGUUCAAGAAUGAGUUGGUCCUAUUUCUUCCUUUUUGUAUUAAAGAUGUUUGGUGAACGGUGUCAACAUUUGCUUAUAACUUUAUAUAACUUCAACAUGUGUUAAUUGCUUUAUCUUUAUAUUUAUAUUUAUCCAUGUGUUCUUCUUUUCAUUUGAAAUCCUUCAUUAUCUUUUUCUUACAUUUUCUAUGUUUUUCUUAUUGUCUCCCCUUUUCUAGAAACGUCAGAACUUCAAAAGAAUAUGCAAGAGUUGAAAAGGAGCCUCUCUGCAUUAAGAGAUUACUCGGUAGGAGUAAUUCGUAAUCUUUAGCAGUGAUCAAAUAAAAGCAAAAUGCACUGACAUGAAAUACAUAGGUACAUGUAUGUACAUAUGACUAAGAGCCUCAAUAGGACUUUUAACCCCCUGAGAAUUAGUUAAUAUAGUAUAGAAAUCGAGAUUUUAAAAUGAGCUUUAAUACUUCCCUGGAGCACAAGCUGGAGGCAUCAUUUAACUUUUUCAAUGGGGUGAUAUAAAUUUUAUUUCUAAUCAGGCUGAUAAACAUUGAUAUAGGCCUAAGUAUCAUUAUCACAGACAUCAUUAGUGCUCUCCUAAUUUUUUGAACCAGUUUUGGAAGCAUAGCAGUUGCGAACCUUAUAAUGCAAAUUGCACACCCAUAUAGCCAUCAUUAUAACAAGAUCAGUAUGAAUAACAAAUGCCAAGAAUGCAUUCUUCAAUGAAGAAAUUCGAUCAGGAAUAUUGAUUCACAUUUUUUGUUGUUAAAGGUUUCAGGGGAUGUAAGGGAACUGAAGAAAAACGUAAGUUUACAAUCCAUUCCAUCAAUAAUCUUAAUCAUUCUCCUAUUGUUAAUAUUUACAAUAAUGAUAAUGAUCGUGAAUGAACCAUUCAUUCAAAACGAUAUGAUAUUGAGAAGUUUCUUUUUUUUUCUUUUCCUCCUUAUGUUAGGUCUCAGAAGAGUUGGAAGGGCUAGAGAUAAAGGCAAGUUUAAAUUCAUCCAUUUCCAAUUCUAUCUAUAUUAGAAAAAAUUACGAUGAUUCCAUUAAGUUCAACAUCAAUGUCUUACUCUAUGGCAGAUGAAAAAAGAAAUGGAAAACAUGACAAACAAAGUAAGUUUCAUUACCAAAAUUAAGCAUUUAUCUUUUUCUGAACCUCUCACUGUUAAGAUUCCUAUCAUCAUUAUUUUCAAAAACAAAACGAGGACUGUUCUACUUAAUUUACCAAACUCAAUAGGCCCACUAAUUCUCUAACACAAUAACUUGGCCCAUUUUACCUUUUAGGGCAGAAAUACAGAGCUAGAGGAUAUCCGUCUCGCAAUACAGGAUGUUGCCCACGUUUUUAUUGGUCUAAACACAAGCGUAAAUGAGAGGUUUCUGCAUUUUCAACAAAGAAUUGUGCAACUGGAUCAAAAGGUACCCAAAUGUAUUUUUGUAUGCCUUUUCGUACCGAAUUACGAAUUAACCAAUCAGAGACUUGAUCUGAAAUUGGUGCCAAGUCACUGCCCUAAACUUCCGAUAUCAUGGCUUCUUCCGAUUAAAGUUAGGUAACUUAAUGGUCAUCACAAAGUACGUGAUACACAUAUGCCUCUAAACCUACGCAAAAACAGAGAGUGUUUUCAAUUGUGAGUAAAAGGGUAUUUUCGAAGAUUGUCAAGCAUACAGCUCUUCACACUUUGCAAGAGUCUGCAUUGAACAAAGCUACUCCAGAAAAUUCUGAGGUUGUUUUGAAAGCGACCUGUUUACAUACAUUUAAUGUCUGUGGAACGCAGGGGAUAGUUUUUUUUGUAUUUAAUAUCAAGCUUGAAAAUGUCACAAUCGAAAUUAGCUUAUGGACAAUCAUGAAAAGAUGCAGAGGUAAUCCGACUAAUCUGCUCACAGUCAGUCACUGAAUGUUGCAGAAAUUCUGCAACCUCUCAUGCACUGUGUGUUGCAGAAAUUCUGCAACCACUAGUCCCCUGGAUGUCGCAGAAAUUCUGUUACCACUCACACACUGGAUGUUGCAGAAAUUCUGCGACCAUUUAUACAUUGGGUGUUGCAGAAAUUCUGCGACCAUUUAUACAUUGGGUGUUGCAGAAAUUCUGCAACCACUCAUACUCUAAGUGUCGCAGAAAUUCUACAACCACUCAUACACUAAGUGUGGCAGAAAUUCUGUGACAACUCAUACGCUGGGUGUUGCAGAAAUUCUGCAACCACUCAUUCACUGGGUGUCGCAGAAAUUCUGCACCACUCAUUCACCAGGUUUUGCAGAAAUUCUGCGACCACUCAUACACUGGGUGUUGCAGAAAUUCUGCAACAACUCAUUCACUGAGUGUCGCAGAAAUUCUGCAACCACUCAUUCACAAGGUAUCGCAGAAUGUCACAGAAUGUCACUGAAUGUCACAGAAACACUGUGACUACUCAUAUACUGGAUGUUGCAGAAAUUCUGCAUCCUCUCAUUCACUAGAUGUUGCAGAAAUUCACUCAUGGAUACAUGAAUAUAACAGUCUUUCUCUAACCAGUCAAUAACAGAUGCAACGAAUAUUCUGUCAAUUAACUUUCAACAGGAAUUAUGUACCUAAAAUAGCACGUGGCUUAAUGCACAACAUACAAUUUAAGUCAUAUCACUUUAUUUUAUGAUCAGAUACAAAAACUGACUGAAAAAUAUCAUUAAUUUAAUAAAAUUGAAGUUUGUUAUACAGCAAAUAAGCAAUCUACUCUAGCCAAAAUAUAUUAACUAGUCACGAUUUCAGUCCUUUGACCUAUUUUAAAAGAUCUGUACACGUGAUAAAUUAAGAGCAAAUAUAUCAUUUAAAUCUUGCAUUGUCUUGGAGAAGACUACAGGGAAAUUAAUGCUCAACCUUCGAAUGAAAACUUUAAACCGUUCACUAUUCAGAGGGAAACUAAAUUAACAGUAUCCCAGAUUUUAAUUAAUAUCUCCACCAAUUUUUACAGAAGGUUAUAAUGCUACAUGUGUAUCUCAAUAAGAGGGCAAAAAUAAGCCUCUAGGAAAAACAAUCCUCUCUCUCUGUCAGCUGAAACUGUUUCCAGAAUAAGGAAAGUCGAACCGUGCAAUGUUGCCUAAUAAGUCACAAACCAAUGGAAGGAAUAAUGUACUGAAGACCCACUCUACAAAGCCAAUGUGAGGGCGCCUUCUGGUUUUGGCCGGGUUCUACAUUGAAAACAACGACGGAAUCCAAGAAAUCUGAAAUAAUUUACUAAUUUUUAUCAAAGUGUAAUUCAACCGAAGUGAAUUAAGCAUCGUAUCAAUUUUCGCAACAACAAAAUUGGCCUAAAAUGUGCUUUUAUCAAAUGUUUGUGGGUUCUACAUCUCCCUCGAGGAGUGAAAACAUACAAUUCAUAAAUAAGAGAUAGACUUAGAGAUGACGAUUCGAUAAGCUUUAGGUAAAAUUGUAUCUAUAUCGAUGCGAUCGCAAACUUGUGCCUGACAAACAAAGUUUCACUCAGACCAUUUAUCGUUACCUAAUCGCUCUAUAUUUAUCGUUACCCAAUCGCUCUGACGAAGGGCAAACGCUCGAAACGUCAGCCUUUAAAUUCUUUACAGUGGCCAAUUUACGUUGUCAACUCAGUUGAUAACACUAAACUACAUUUAUCGUUACGAUACAUUACGACUGAAGUUCGCGUUACCUGUCACACUUGCAUACUUCUGACCUCUUGUCAACCUUGAAAUUUGAAAAGUUAUCGACACUGAAUUGACUGCUUGUGAUACUUUGUAUUCAGGUGAUUUUAACUUUACCUUCAAUUUCUAAUUGACUCUCUAAAUCCGGAAUUAUUUCUCCAUAAAUGAAAGAUCCUGCAUUCAAAGAAUUGUUUGAGUCAUCGAAGUCAACCCACUGAUCUUAAUUGGCCCGAUUUACACUAGAGACGGAUCAUCCGUCAUACGGAUAAUCCGUCCAAGUAUAAAUCCGAAGACAAAUUUUGACGAAUAAUCUGUCUAGAUAUAAAUCGUUCGCGAGUUUCACGACGAGUGUCUCGGUGUUGAGCCGAGUGGAAACCUGGCGAGAGCUUAAAUAUGGCGGCUCUCGUAGCCUUGUUGAUGAAAUCGAGAAGAACAGUAUUGGAUAUGGCGGUAUAUCAGAGAAGAAUAUCCUCUGUCAAGCGCAUGUUUGAGCCGGAAAAUAGCUUAAUGAACUUCAUCUUACCCUUUUCUCUCGCUACUCUUGCUCAAGAUAGGAAGACAAGAAGUAGAGAUGAGAUAAAAAACAAGAAAUGGUGAGAGGACGGCCUUCAAAACUGGCAAAACUAUAGAAACCAGUCUCUCUCAUAUGGAAACUUUGUCAAAAACCGUGUUCGUUUUCCGUCUAGAAAAAAAUUUAGAGACGGAUGAUCCGUCUAAGACGAGCUAUCCGUCUGUUAGCACGUCUUGAAGACGUGGUGACAGACGGAUCAGCCUGAGACGAAUUUUGCUCCAUAAUUCGUCUUAGCACCGAAUUUAUAUUUAGACGAGUUAUCCGUCUGAGACGGGUGAUUCGUCUCUGACGGAUAACUCGUCUCUAGUAUAAAUUCGGCCAUUGGGAUGUCUUUCCUCUGCUGGUGAUUCCCGAAUCGUAAAAAAAAUUAUCUUGCCUCGUAGAACUGGGAUAUGUUUCAGGUGUCCUCGCCAUCAUGGGUUGAAAUAUUUUUGUUCGACGGAUACAAAUUAACUCCACUCAGAGUCUGACAAGAGCGCAUAGCAAACAAAACUGACUAAAGCCCAAUUCUACGAUUUUUAGGAUAUUAGGUUUGUAAACCACUAGGUUGAAGGGACUUUUGUCCCUCGUCGGUGAAAUUGCACAGUGCACAGCUUACGAGUUGUAAUCGAAAUACUAACCCUAUGCUCGCCAAUUAGGUAUAUAGUGCAAACGAAUGGAGACUUUAUAUCUUUAACUAGGCCUACCGUGAGCGCUAAGCAUGUGAAGGUCAGUAUUCAUUGAGCGAAAUCGGCGCCUUUCAAAACCGCCGGCGUCGCGGCUCUUUAGUUCUAUAAUUAACCAUAAUUGAGUGCAUGCCCAAUGUGCCGCCAGCGUACUUAUAGCCCGCCGGGACGAAGAAAAGUAGAUCUGUUUUCUUAGUAUGGGUAAAAAAAAAAACCUCAAAUUUCUGAGCUUAAAAAGGUUUAGUGUGGACAAGGCCUUACAAUUGCAAGGUAUUUCGAACAGUUAACGAGCAAGAGAAAGAAUCAAGGAAGCUUUAAGUUGAUUAGAUAAGUACUCACGGGAAAAUGUCAUAUUCUUAAUUGAUUUGAAGGUGUGAAAACCUCAGACAGAAAUGUCGUUGUUUGCGACUCUCUCUUCGCCGCUCUUAAUUGCGCCCUAAAUUUUAUAAUAAGAGAGGCAAUGAUGAGAAGACACGAGUUCGUGAUUCAUGGGUCUGUCGGCUUUGAAAAUAGUUGGUCUUUGAACUAACUCACAUCUCAUUGCGUCCGUUAAAUUCUUCAUACGCCAGAUGCCUCCGAAAGAUAAGGGGAAUGGGAGUAUUGGAAGUAUGGUGCAUCAAAAUAAUACAAUCAGGAGCUGCGUAUCUUUACAGAACAGGAACAAGAGUUUACCUUUUCUCCAAAAAUAAUCGGUGCGGACUUUUUGCAAAAGUCAUCACAUUCCUUUGCUGGACCCUGUGGAGAAUCACUUUCUGAGAGGAAACUUAAGGUAUGAAUAAACUGGUGCAUCACUAAGGGUUUAUACGUGACGCGUGAUGAAGGCCAAAGUUAUAAUGCGACGCGUGAAUUUUACUGAAAGGUUAACGUUAUUCGUGAAUUUACGAAAUUGUAUGAGGCCUGAAGUAUCCUUGAACCUGAAUUUUCUCUUUUUUUUUCAUAGCGUGAAAACCUCAAGAUUUCCCUGAAACCAUGAACAUAAGAGGAGAGAUUAGAAAUUUUCUCUUUUAUGUCCAUGAAGCGUGAACUGAUUUUUUGAACAUUCGUCUUAGGCCUGCAAUAUCUUACUGGUCCUCUCUCAGGACAAAUUAGUUCCAACGAAUUCACUGAAGGGAUACGUUUCAAUUUGCUUCAGUAAACCCACGGUUAUACGAAAGGUUCAGUACAGCUAAACUUCAGUAAAACAUUAUCUGCGCAAAAGCCAAGCUAGCCUAGUUACACCAAGACCUGUUCAAAUCAUACUCAAGAUAGUGCUGAUUAAUUCAUACAUCCUGUUUUGAAAUGUCCAUGUGAUGUAACUUCACUUUCUUUUAAUUUUUCAGAUCCAUACGUACAGAAGGAGGCCUUACAAACCCCCCGUAAUUGUACGCUGGUCUGUUUCAAGGCAAAUGACACCUAGACAAUUAUGUGUGGGCAGUGAAAGACUAAUUUUCUUGGAUACUAUUAAAUCAACAGUACUGUAUCGCCUUGUGAACAGAAGGAAGAGGAGUCAAAAAUCCAAAUCUUGUAUCGUCAGUUGAAAUGAAAAUUACUGAACGGGUAACUCCGAGGAAAAACAUUUAUCUCAUAUGAAUAAAUGACGAUAUCGUCACUCAGUGAUGGUGAUGUAAAUUCGGCUUUAAGUGUCCUCAUUCCAAGGUCAUCUAAUUUUAAAUUUCUUUAAAAAUGAACAGAUCAUCUUAUUCUGCAACAGAUGAGCUCUCCUUAUGCCAAGACAGGAUUACUUCCAUCUUUUCUUUGAUUGAGCUCAUCCUGAAUGUGUACAAAAAUUUAAUUACGCGAUUUUUUUUUCUUGCAGGGAAGAGAAAAUUAAUUUCCUUUCAACAACUAACCUUUUGGCAUUUGAUUAAAAGCCUGCAUGAUUUAUGAUUAGUUCUGUUUGAUAAAACGGGUAUGGGCCUCUGUUAAUAGCCUUUAGUUUCCAACCGUGGAUUUAUUUUCACAAGUUUAUCCUAUCAUUCAAAAAACAUACACAAUAUUGUUAUUUCAACUAUGAUCACUGAAAAAUAGAAAAAGCAUAAAUAGAAAACUGAUCGAAAUUGUUGGUAUGCGUGGGCCCUCUACAAUUUGUCUUUUUUGAGAAUGGAAAAGCAACGACUCAGGAUUUCUGCAGCAUUGACCUUGCAACACAGAAAAUUUCUUUAACUCAGGAUGUCAUACCGUGCAGAAUUUCUGCAGCCCUGGACGUCAAGGCGUGCAGAAUUCCUGCAGCACUGGACGUCAAGGCGUGUAGAAUUUCUGCAGCACUGGACGUCAAGGCGUGCAGAAUUUCUGCAGCACUGGCGUCAAGGCGUGCAGAAUUUCUGCAGCACUGAACGUCAAACCUUGCAGAAUUUCUGCAUCAUUGGACGCCAUACCAUGCAGAAUUUCUGCAGCACUGGACGUCAAGGCGUGCAGAAUUUCUGCAGCACUGGACGUCAAACCUUGCAGAAUUUCUGCAUCAUUGGACGACAUACCAUGCAGAAUUUCUGCAGCACUGGAUGUCAAGGCGUGCAGAAUUUUUGCACGCUUGGGCCGUCAAACUUUGCAGAAUUUCUGCAUUACAGUUCUUGAUACCAUGUCAAAUAAAAAUGAAAAAAAAACCGCCUAAACAUAUUAAGGGUUAAAAUCAAAGACUUUAUCGUUCCAUUCUUAAACGUGCAGAGCAUUAUGUGCACUUUGACCAGAUUUAACAAGCAACGCAGUAAAAAAAAUGAAUAUUUGUACGAGUAAAUUGUAACUUUCCGUUGAAUUAUAAAGAAUGUUGCUCUUUUGAAGCAACACAUUUUCUUAACCCGUGAAAACUGAAGCAUUUUGCUUUUAUCAAAUAUGAGAAAUGUCCGUGUUUUCUGCUUAAAUAGUGCUGCUUUAAAGCCAACAUUUCACUUUGUCUGGAAAAAAGCACGAUAUUUUGCGGAAUCGAUAUGAAAAAUAUGUCUAAAAGGUCCAUUUUUCACGGAAAAUGCCAUUUUGGAAAACACAAAAUAGUUUGGAAAGCGUUAUAUUUUUUGCGUAACUAUUUAGCUUAUUAUGUGUACAAACCAAUUCCGUUAGAAGAAAAUUUAAAAAAACCUAAGUGCUCAUAUUUUGCGUUAAAAGUGUCCCGUGGACUGGUAACGAAUUAGCGGGUGAUGACGUAGAAAACUGGGAAAUUCUCAAUUGACAGUUACAAAUCUCUCACAUCUCAUGUAAUUUUGUAUCAGCUAGUGUUAAAAUACUCUUGAAAUAAUGUUCGAUAGCAAUGUCUACUUAACUCAGAUAAGCUUUACCGCGAGUUGUGAUACAUCGUACUUUAUUAGUAAAGAAGAAAUGAAAGUUGUAAGUGCGGUUGAGCCCUACGAAGGAGAACCGCGUGCAUCAAACGAAGAUUUCGACGGAGACCGAUAAAGAAGGUUUCUCGCUUGCGGUGUUUAGGUCAAGAGUAGAACAAAAAAAUCCCAUCACUGAAUGCUUAGUUUUUUGCGUUUGUGUUUUGUUUUCCAUGACGAAAUCUGUCAAGAUUGGGUAGCUGUGUUCGUUUCUGUUGCCAUAACAUUUUAUUCUUUCGUACUGAGCGCGGCGAAGGUUGCCUUAGGUCAGUACUCUAGAGUUUCGUUGCUGUAGGGUAUUUCCCUUUGGAAACCAAAAGCUAACUUUGACGAGAGAAUCAGCUGUAUCACGAGGCACAAUGAUUUUUCGCCGAGAAGUCAUCGGGCAGUUUCACUGCAAGUUGCUCCUUACCUCAGAGAUUGCAAAAGCAGAGGCUAUCGUCGUCGAGCCAGUCAAACGGAAAACGAGUGAGGUUAUAGUUAUCUGUUCAAGUUAAUCGCAGAUAGAGAUUUCAAUAGAUAAAAACUUCGUAGUUCAAGUGCAGCAUUGUGAAGUGACCCGUUUCGAUGAAUGGCAAACAACUGAAAUCAGUAUUGUAAAUAAAUAUUUCGUACGCAUGGACUUUCACACGGCACUUGGAUUCGCUAUCAUCUAAUUCGAUAACAUACAUUUAUUAUUUUUCUCGUUGCAGUGCUGUUAUCCCAACGACAUUGCUACUGUUGCUACUUUUAGUUUCUUGAGGGCAGGGGGGAUUGAUGGCUCGUGGGAUGGAUUCUCCUAACCUAGGUUAGGAGAAUACACGGCCCCUUUGAGCUUGUGUUUAUGCCAGUAUCCGCUAGAGGUUUCGCACUGUACACACAACAAGAUAUCGGUCAGCUCAGCAAAGGGCUCGAACUUUAUUACAAAUGACGUAUUUCUGUUAUCAAAAUACGAUGGACACUACAAUUGGUAGGAUUUUCAUAAGAGAAGUGCAGAUGUAGUCAUGUGGAAAGACAAGGGAUAUGCGUAAGGAGCUCACCAUUCUACGCAUGCGAAAUUUCACCCUAAAAGAGUGUUGAACAAUCGUGUACGGUGUGGGAACAGGCCCUUUAAUCAGCAUUAUUUUAGCAGAAUUGAUUGGUUUAUAUCUCCCCCGGGAUUUGACUAGUGGUUUGUGUUCGUAACAGCCGUCUUCGGUUCGGAGCAAAAGACCGAACACAUUUAAGAGUAAAAUCUCCUCGAUGUCGGCAAUCGAAACGCGUCCAUGUUUGCCAUACAACUACAUCCUUUGGAAAGGAUUGUAUAGAAAUACCCGGUAUAUUUGUACUGUUCUUAAAGCUAACAUCAUUUGGCACUCCGGCCAACAAAUCGCACUUUCAGUGCACAAAAAAAUAGUCCAGGAGAACUCGCUAGGCGCUAAGGUUGGUUAUUUCUAAUUUUAAAUAGAGCUAAUAACCAGAAAAUGCAAAAAAAAAUUUUCAUGUCAUAGGCACUUUAAAAUGAGUAUUUUGGCUUGACUAGGUUCCUUUUUUUACAACCAACUUAAUUCAGCGUUGUUUUCCAUCAAUGAAACUUUUCAUCAAUGAGCCUCCCGUUUUGGAAGUGCCAUUACCAUUGUCACUGUCACUGUCCCUGUCUCUGUCACUGUCACUGUCACUGUCACUGUCACUAUCACUGUCACUGUCACUGUCACUGUCACUGUCCCUGUCUCUGUCCCUGUCACUGUUCCUGUCACUGUCACUUUCCAUGUCCCUGUCACCUCCACUUUCACUUUCACUUUCACUUUCACUUUCACUUUCACUUUCACUUUCACUUUCACUUUCACUUUCACUUUCACUUUCACUUUCACUUUCACUUUCACUUUCACUUUCACUUUCACUGUCACUUUCACUGUCACUGUUACUGUCACUGCCACUGCCACUGCCACUGCCACUGCCACUGCCACUGCCACUGCCUCUUUCACUUUCAUUGUCACUGUAACUGUCACUGCUAUUGCCACUUUCACUUUCACUUUCACUACUACUACCACUUCCACUGUCACUUUCAUUGUCACCGCCACUGCCGCUGUCACAUUCACUGUCACUGUCCCUGUCACUUUCACUAUUACUGUCACUAUCAAUUUCACUGUCACUGCCACUGUAAAUUUCACUGACACUUUCAUUGUCACUGUCACUUUCACUGCUAUUCCACUUUCACUGUUACUGUCACUGUCACUUUUACUGUCGCUUUCACUGUCACUGCCACUUUCACUAUGACUGCAAUGUUACUGUCACUGUUACUGUCACUUUCACUACGAUUGCACUGUCACUAUUACUAUCACUUUCACUGUCACUGUCACUGUCACUGUCACUGCCACUGCCACUGUCACCGCCACUGUCACUGUCACUGUCACUUUCACUGUCUCUCCUUCACUUUCCCCGUCACUGUCUUGUAACUGCCACUGUCACUGCCACUGCUAAUGCACUUUCACUGUCACUGUUAGUGUCACCGUCACUGUCACUGUCAUGUUUAUGGUCACUUUCACUGUCACUUUCACUGUCACUGCCACUGUCACUUUCACCGUCACUUUAACUUUCACUGUCAAAGCCACUGCCACUGCCACUGUUACUGUCACAGUCACCGUCGCCGUUACUUUCACCGUCACACUCACUUUCACUUUCACUGUCUUGUAACUGCCACUGUCACUGCCAUUGCCACUGCCACUGUCACUCACUGUCACUGUCACUGUCACUUUCACUUUCACCGUCACUGUCUUGUAACUGCCACUGUCACUGCCACUGCUAUUGCACUUUCACUGUCACUGUUACUGUCACCGUCACUAUCACUGUCACUUUUGUUGUCACUUUCACUGUCACUGUCACUGUCACUUUCUCUAUUACUGCAUUUUCACCGUCACUGUUACUGUCACUUUCACUGUAAAUGCCACUGCCACUACCACUGUCACUGUCACUGUCAUAGUCAUUGUCACCGUCACUGUCACUGCCAGUGCCACUUUGACUGCCACUGUCACUCAUUGUCAGCAUCACUUUCACCUUCACUUUCACUGUUGUUUUCACUGUCACCGUCAUCGUCACUUUCUCUAUCACUGUCACUGUUAUUGUCAUUGUUAUUGCGGUAAAUGUCAUCAUUAUUACAGCUGUCAUCGGUUUUAUUAUGGCUUUAUUGCUAUGGUUACAAUGAAUUGUUGUUGUUUUUUGAUUGAGUAGGUGAAAAAUACUACUGGCAGCACGGGCAUCAUAGGACCGCCUGGAUUCAACGGUAGUAAUGGUGACGUUGGACCUGCUGGACCUGCCGGACCUCCAGGAUACAAUGGUACUAAGGGUGGCAUUGGACCUGCCGGACCUGCAGGACGUCCCGGACCGCCAGGAUAUAAUGGUACUCAGGGCCCCGCAGGACCAUCUGGAGAACCUGGUGUUCAGGGUCUUCGUGGACCAUCCGGGCACAAUGGUACCCAAGGACCCCCUGGACCCGGGGUCAGUUCCUGUGCUUUCAAGACUUUAUCCAGUUCUGGAAUGACAGCAGACCCUGCCACUACACAAGAAGUUCAAGUUACGGAACCAAACGUAGGUUACAGAUCAGCUCUUUAUUGGGUACAGAAAAAAGAAUUGAGCGAUUUAUCAGCAAUUUGUUCCCAAAAGUUCUCUCUUAUUCGUUCUUCGAUAUCAUAAAUGAACUUUAGGAAGCUUUGACACUUUUGAUCUCUAAAUUUAACGCAGAGUGGUUCCUGGAUUUUUUCUCAAGUUUAAAGGUUGAUAGGUUGAAAUGUUGCAAUGAACGAAGAUUUCCCAAGAGAUAUGAAGAUUUGAAGAAAACCUAUCAGCACAAUUUCGCAGCAAAAACGUUUGAUGAUGACAUUUUCUACUUUCAUAAGAGUGGUAUUAACGUCGUUUUCAUGCAAAAAUCCGCCUGUAUUGGUAUUUUUUGCCCGAUUUUUAGUGAAUCAACUGGUAUUUUUACUUCAAAAGUUUUUCUCUGAAAUAACGAUUUACGAUUAAAAAUGCCCAAUACGCAUAAUAUGCAAAAUUUUCUGGGUUAUCAGAUGCUAAACGCUAUCAAAGAGAAAGGAUGGCGAAAUAGCCGGAAAAAUUUAAAGGUCAAGCCGUUUUCUUAACUAGUUGUUUACUCAACUUCACGGCCAGAAAAUUCGAGUAACAUUCAUCGAUCUGCAAAUUCUGAAAGUUGUAUAAUUCUGAAAUAAAACAGCUUCUAUUUAAAAUUUUUUAAGACAUAUUAACACUUGAAGUAAUAUUCAUAGGUACAAAGAGUGUCCAAAUAUCGAAAAGCCUCACUUAAAGGCAACAACCUUCCUUUAUUUUUUCCACCUUUAGUCCGUCUCGCUUUUGAGAUUCGAAGUAUACUCAACUCCCAAGUUCAUUUAGACGCUUUUGAGUCUCAAAUCUUCAUCAGUUUUUGGCGAGUUGAUGUUUUUAGCAUAUAUGAAAGAAGACAUUGAACAAACUAUUACGAACUUCAGCACGAACUUAUUGGGCAGGUUUAUCUUACCGCUAGAUGUCAAUUAAAGUGCGUUCUUCACAAUUUCGUACCCUUCAGGAUAUCUACGGUUAGUUUUAUAAUUCUACAAGUAAUGAACUCUUUAGCCUGUCAGGGCACGAUGAAAGGUUUGCAAAUAAAUUUAUUUUCAAAAAAGUUGCUGACUCUGUAUGUCGACCAAUUAAAAAAAUAAAAUGAUUUGAAAAGAUGAUGCGCGAACGACCUGCCCGCUUGGGAACCCGGUAAUGCAUUGGUUUAUCCCAUCUUAUACAUUUAGACGCCGGUAUUAAAAAAAAAAACGCGUAUUUCUUUGUUAAGUUCCUAGAUUUGAAGGAUGCAUUUAUUAUAUAUGCCUGUGAUAACAUGCUUUCACAAAGUAUGUCUCAGAUUAUGGUUGUUGGCCGUGUGCAUCUUACAUCAUGAAUGAUAUAACAUGUACACUUGCCUAAUCUCGAAAAGGAAAAAAAUUGGUUUAGGUUUUCGCAUUUCGAACUCUUGACACCAUUUUUUAUUGUCAUUAUUGUAUCAUAAUCAUUAAAGGUCUUUUUUCUCCUUCAGGGUAAGACGGUUAUUGGUGCAAGUUGUAAUACAAAUGAUGCAAAAGUUGCUAAAUUAUCAAGCACCAUCUCAGGUGGAAAGAGAACCUUCAAGUGCUCUUGUGAGGGUACCCUAACAACUGGAGAACCAAAGAUGUUUUGCUAUAUCCACUACUGGGAGUGUCAGUUAUAAAGAGGAAAACGUUAAGCCAUUUGUUUAACAGGAGUCGUUUUAAAGAUGUUAAUAGAAUAUUGAAUCAAAGGCGAGACGAAAAAACAAUUUAGUUGUCUAACGUAAGCGCUAUAUUACAUUUUUAUUUGUAGCAAAUAUUGUUUACAGAAGAAACAAGGCUUUCUUGCCAUGUACACUGCUGGAAACCUAAAACUAUUCACUUGACAUGAUACUUUGUAUCAAACAGAUAACAAAUCGGGGGUGUCAAACCAGCGGCCAGAUAAAGAACACCAACUAAUCAUUAGAAGUUAAACUGUUUUAUUUCUUGACGGCAUCAUUUUAAACUAUGUCGUCGAGUCAUAAAUAUUUUUGAACUUGCACAGUUGCGGCAGGUUCCGAAUAAUGUAUGAGUUAAUCAUAUUGCAGCCAUUAUUUACAGCUAAUUUAAGACUUAGUCCAUCGCUCUGUAGGACGGCAACAGAAUUAUGUCGUUAUGAGCGUUAUGUCGUUUUCUGUUGGAGGGCAUUUCAGCUACAUCCUUUCCGUAGCGCCUAGUGGAUGGUCAGAUCAGUCUAUAAUGCUAAGAGAGACAGAGAGACACAGAGACAGAGAGACAGAACGAAAUGCGUCCCCCUCCCCACCCCUACCUCUUAUACCUGCACUGCUUUUGCCUUCUCAGAAUGUUUUGGUUAUUUGUUGUUGUUUUUGUUGCCUUCUGGAUUAUUUGGAGAUUCUGCUGGUGUUAGGACUUGAGACGAAUACAGAUGACUCAAGGCUGCUUAUGAUCUAGAGCAGGCCUUACAUAAGUACUGUUUGCAACUUUAACUUUACAUUAUCGGUUUUUGAUUGGUCUCAAAUAGAACUCCUGAAAGAGCUGUGAGCAAAUUCAGUUCUUUCAUCAGCAUUGUACAUUGGCUUUAUGGCUUCAUCUUAGGUAGAGGAAAACAAAAGUGGAUCGUCAUUAGAAAAACGAGAGUGGAGAUGAAUGUUUACAGAGCUAUAAAAAUCUCCUUUGACCUCAUCUGAAAAACAGAAACAUCAUGUGCCCCUCGGCUUUUAAUCAUCUACAUAACGUCUUCAAAUUAUUGAUACACGGAUUAAAAACAUUUAUUUAAAACGAAAUCUAAAGAAGCGAGUUGAUUAUGACAGCCUAGAUCUAUAACAGGAGAGGGUAAUCUUUUUGUUAAAUAAUACUCACAUCACCAUUUUAGGUCAGUUGAAUUGUUCACUGUACUGUCUAUAAACUUUCUUCGAAAC